GCAGAUCGCAGAUCGCAAACUUGUUGCAGUCAAUUCAAUGUAUCAGUUUAAAAAAUGACGCUUCGAGAUUGGCUUACAAUUUCAUACACUAUACAGCGAAGCUUCGCUGAUGAAAACCCGGAAACUUCCCACUCCGACAAAUCGUAGCGAUGCCGAUGCGUAGUAGACUCCGACGCGUAGCCACGUGUGUUUCACUCAAGGUUCUGCCUCGUGAAGCCAAUAUUAAAUUGUAAUCUAAUCGAUGUCACGAUUAGACUAUUAUGACGAAGUAGAAAUCGAAGAUUUCGAGUACGACGAGGACGAGGAAGUUUAUUACUAUCCCUGUCCAUGUGGUGAUCAAUUCCAAAUAUCUCUUUCCGACCUGGCCGCCGGCGAAGAAGAAGUUACAUGUCCCUCGUGUUCCCUUGUGAUCAAGGUGAUUUACGAUAGGGAGGUCUUUCGUAUUAAGCAAGAAGAGCUUGAAAAGAAAAGCGAUAAAAAAGAGUUAGCAACUCAACAAGUUUAAGGAAAAGAUAGCAAUAUCGAGAACAAAAUGACAGGACG